AUGGCGGAAAUGAGCUCCCUGCCGGUCACCGACGACCUCUUGGCGGAGAUCUUCCUCCUGCUGCUCACCCCGGCCGACCUCGUCCGCGCCUCCGCGGCCUGCGUCGCCUUCCGCCGGCUCGUCACGGACCGGGCAUUCCUCCGGCGCUUCCGCUCCCUCCACGCCCGGCCCUUCCUCGGCUUCCUCAACCACAACGGCUUCCACCCCGCCCGCCCGCCCCACGCCUCCGCGCCCGCCGCCCGCGCCGUCUCCCUCGCCGCGGAUUUCUCCUACUCCUUCCUCCCUUCCCACGACAGCUGGAUCGUCCGGGACGUCCGCGACGGCCGCGUACUCCUCGACCGCACCCCCGAGGACGACGCUGGCGAGGAAUCCCCUGUCUUCACGGAGCUCGCGGUGUGCGACCCUCUCCACCGGCGGUGCCUCCAGCUUCCCCCAAUCCCUGACGACCUGGCCGCUUCGGUGGAGCACCCGCUCCGCGUGGAGUUGGAGCGCUGGUGCGAGCCCUUCCUGGCUCCCUCCGGCGAGGAGGAGGCGGAAGAAACGUCAUUCAGAGUGAUCUGGAUGGCGCAGUGCAAAACGAAGCUGGUCGCCUUCGUCUUCUCUUCAAGCACCGGAGAAUGGCGAGCCGUUGCGUCUCAGGCCUGGGGCGAUUUGUUAGCGGGCACCGGCGUGUCGACGGCGUCGUCCAAGAGCCCUGUGUUCUUCGGCCGACAAUACGCUUGUGCUUGCUUCUACUGGGUCAUGGACUGGAGGCAGAAAUUGCUCAUGCUUGACACCAGGAGGAUGGAGUUCUCCAUUGCCGACCUCCCACCCGGCUGCCGAAGGCCACCGAUUGCCAUUGUGGAUGCAGGGGAAGGCAGACCUGGGAUGUUUGCUGUCCGUGAACACGAUGCAGAUGGCACAUUUAACCUCUACUACACCAUUAGGCAAAACGAAGGCCAGAGUUUCAACCAGUGGCAGAUGGAGAAGACGAUCCCAUUGGAAUCCGGUUACCGGUAUUUCCUGAGAGGUGCAACAGAGAGGUACUUGCUACUACUAAGAUCAGAAGAUGACUCCCCAAGUUCAUCAUCAUUAGAGAUGUCAGACUUGGAAUGUUUCUCACUGGACGUCAAGACAUUGCAGCUUGAGAGCGUCUGCAGGUUGAAGCAUCACAUCCUACGUGCGCACAUAUAUACCAACUUCCCACCAUCGCUGUCGUCACAGACAAUAUGA